CGAUCCACACGGCCACUUACGCUGCUGCUGAACAUCUCUCGAUGUUUCCAGAUAAUGAUGGUGCGCUUGCGAGAAUUGCAAGAUAAAAAGGAGCAGUUUCAUGCCUACUCUCCCAGUACACUGUCGAUCUUUACCCUGUAAUGACAGCAUGUGCUAGUCGCGUAACAUGAAGUAUUCUCUUUAUCUUGCGAGGAAAUAUGCAGCUGAAGGUUGGUGGGAUCGGGCGAUUCGUCAUUACCUUACCGUGCUCUUCACCUAUCCGAACACCGAACAGCGUGAAGUAGAGUUUUCUGAGGAGUUUCGAACCGUCCUUGAAAGCUGGAUGUGCUAUUCGCGUAAUGCCGACUCUUGUCUUAGCGCUUUGUUUGCUCCAAUUCUGAAUUUAUUCCCAAAAUGUGUUCCUAUAAUCACACUUCUUUCUGAACAUGUUGCUGGAAAUGUUGUAUUCUCCGCUGAUGAAGGCGAAUCCGGAGUGACCUCAUAUGACAGCCUCAAAGCAGCCAUAAAUGCCGAAUGUGACCCAUUAAUGGCUGCAGUGUUCCGAGUUUCAUCUGCAAACAUCCGCAGCUGCAUUUUUGAUCAGUGGCAUAUGCUGAUGAUCAAUGAUAAGGAGAGAAAUGAGAAAUUUUUGGAUGCCCUGAGGAAUACGAUCCUGCCAACCGACUAUGUGCUCGAUAUUGGGACAGGGACCGGAUUGAUGAGUGUAUUCGCUGCUAGUUGCGGCGCCUCGAAAAUCUGCGCUAUUGAAUCUAACGUCUCGUUGUGCAGUUUGGCAAAGAGAGUUCUGAGUUUGAAUGGAGUUGAUGGUGCGAAGGUCAUACGCGAUUACUCGUUCAACUACCGUCCAGAAGAUGGAGAUCUGGCAGAUAUAGUUGUGUCCGAAAUUCUUGAUUGUUGUGCUUUUGGCGAGGGAGUAAUCCCCACAUUCCUUGAUGCUCAUCUAAGGCUAGCCACAAACAUGGCACGAUUCAUCCCGGCAAAUGUCACUUUAUAUGCAACUUUGAUCGAGUCGCCAACAAUCUACCUCAGUCAUGCUUUCACGUCACCAUCGGGCAAAGAGUAUCGGUCGGAGUAUGUGAGAACCUCUGAUGCACCGCAAUCUGAGCCUUACUGGUGCACUAGGAUCAGUGAUUUGCCAGAUCUCAAGAAACUUUCUUCUGCUCAACAAGUCAUUACUGUAGACUUUGGCAAUGUGAAUCAACUUCACGACUGCAUCAAUGGAGUUUCGGGAGGGUUGAAGAUUUCGAUCAGUUCGUCAGGUACCCUGCAUGCCCUCGCAGUGCAUUUCAGAGCGCUUAUCUGGGCGAACGAAUACAUCGAUACGUCAGACAAUACAUGCUGGGAACAGGGAAUCUUUCCUCUUCCAUUUCCGUUGCGGGUGCAUGAAGGUGACUCGGUUAUUGCAAAGUGGACUUUGAAAGGCACGCGAUUUGAUAUGGUAGUCGAAAAUUUCACGAAUUCUGAGGAUUUUCUUCAUCGAGAGCUUAAUACACGAUGUGAGCAGGACUAUCGAACAAUGAACAAUGACAUGCUUCUCUAUGCCAUCACUCGCCUAUUACCCUCUGUUAGCAGAUACUCAUGGAAUCUGGACAUCAAUCUCAGCGAUGAGGAGGUUAAUGUCGUGAGGAAUUUACCACAUUUCUUGAUUGAUCCGAAGGACAUAGAAGAAUCAGGCGAGAUAGAUGAAGCUAACUGUGAUCUUUGCAUAAUUGUUUGGCCUAUAAGGGCAGAUGGAUCUGUAAGCGAGGUGUUUUUGAACUCGCUGCGAUCCCUCCGAUGCAGUAGUGAUGUACCACCGUCGCUGAAAUAUUGUGGAUUUCUCACAGACCGUCUCUCUGCACAUGGAGUUCUCGUUUCGUCCGCUCGUCUAUCAAAACUGACUAGAGUGCAGUCCAACGCAUUCUGUGGUGCAGACCUUUCUCCUAUCAGGACAUACAAUCUUUUGGAAUACAGGGAUAUUGAUAUUUCUACCUUUGAACAUCACGUCUGUUCCAACGAGUUCGCAUUCUUACACCUGGGGGAAGAAGAUACAGAACUAAUGUCGAAGAAGUUUGAGGUUCGAUGUACUAGUGCUGGACUCAUCGAAGGUGUACUGUAUUGGUGGCAAUUAGGUAACUACUCUACUCGUCAAGAUCGUGGAGCUUUCUUCAUUUUCAAGGAACCGAUUCCCGCGAAUGUUGGCACCACGCUGAGCAUCACUUGUGAUAUCUACUGCGGGUCCAUACUUCUGUCUGCAGAAGCUGUGUGAACGAAGUAAAAUACAAGGUGUUUUUUUUUGGAGCUGCCUGACAAUUCAAGCAGUUAUCUACUCAGUCAUAUAUCUUGUUGGAUUUUUUUGUUGGUGGUAUUUUGUACACUAAUUUUUUUUUGCUCUUGCGAUAUCAGUCUGUGAGUAUAUGAAUAGAGUUGAACGGUGAAUGUGCCUUAAUGUUGACGUUGUUCGUUUACCAAUUUUCUGUACUUGUUCAGUUUUUCACUCGCAUAUAUUUGACUGCGCUAAUCAACAUGACAGAAAUCGACGCAAGACCUUUUGUUAUGGAGAGUCUAGAUUUUGUGAUGCGCAGUUUGAAUUCAUCAUCUUUUUAUCUUCAUACUGAGAAUCAUGAGUCUAGCUCCUGUCAUUGCGGUUGAUGAUACUGGUCUCAAACGUUGUUCUUUCAUACUGGUUGAAGAGUGUAUGUUAGUUGAACCUCAGACAUAUUUGAAGUCCUUUAUAGUAUAAACAAUUUCUAGU